UGUGUGCUCACUGAUUUGCUGUGCCAAACGUACCAAGGCCUGGUUCUGAGUACCGAGAGUUCCGUGGUACUCUAUGGCAUACUGAAAGCGGUGCCUUCGGGGAAGAUCGCACCCGGUGGCCAUGAGCUGCAUGUGGACUACUGGGAGCUGAUUGGUCUGGCUCCUCCAGGUGGAGCCGAUGCAAUUCUCAACGAGGAGGCUCUUCCCGACGUGCAGCUGGACAACAGGCACAUUAUGAUUCGGGGCGAGAACACCUCCAAGGUGCUCAAGAUGCGAUCCGUCGUGAUGCAAGCCUUCCGUGACCACUACUUUGAUCGCGGAUACAACGAGGUGACGCCUCCCACACUGGUACAGACACAAGUAGAGGGCGGCUCCACUCUUUUCAAGAUGCAGUUCUUUGGCGAGGAGGCCUUCCUCACCCAGAGCUCGCAGCUGUACUUGGAAACCUGUCUGCCCGCCCUGGGCGAUGUCUUUACUAUUGCCCAGAGCUAUCGGGCCGAGCAGAGUCGCACGCGCCGACACUUGGCGGAGUACACCCACGUUGAGGCAGAGUGUCCAUUCAUUAGCUACGACGAUCUGUUAGAUCGCCUCGAGGACUUGGUCUGCGAUGUUGUGGAUCGGGUGCUGAAGUCGCCAUAUGGCCACCUGGUCAUGGAGCUCAACCCGGAUUUCAAACCACCGAAGAAGCCAUUCCGUCGCAUGGACUACGCGGCCGCUAUCGAAUGGCUGAAGAAAAACAACGUGACCAAAGAUGAUGGCACCUUCUACGAGUUUGGCGAGGACAUACCCGAGGCCCCCGAGCGCAAGAUGACCGACACUAUCAACGAACCCAUUCUACUCUGUCGCUUCCCCGUGGCCAUCAAAUCAUUCUACAUGUCCCGCUGCCCGGAGGACAAGCGGCUGACCGAGAGUGUGGAUGUCUUGCUGCCAAACGUGGGUGAGAUUGUCGGCGGCUCGAUGAGGAUUUGGGACAGCGAGGAAUUGUUGAACGGCUAUAAGCGCGAGGGCAUCGAUCCGACUCCCUACUAUUGGUACACCGAUCAAAGGAUCUACGGAACAAUACCUCAUGGCGGCUAUGUUCUUGGCCUGGAGCGUUUCCUCUGCUGGCUGCUUAACCGCUAUCACAUUCGGGAGGUGUGUCUUUAUCCACGCUUCCUCGACAGAUGCAGGCCCUAGUUCCGAAAAUGCACAUAUGUAUGCAUCAUCGCAAUUCAGUGAACAUACAUACAUAUUUAUACAUCAACAUACAUUUGUAUAUAAUGAAAAAUAAAUAUUCUGAGUGUUAAUAUUUCUCAACGCA